UAGCCCAUGUUGUUGUGUUGCACCUCAUUUGUGGAAGCAAUUCAUUCAAUGAUAUAGCCAACCCACAGCAGCAAAGUGAAGGGAAUAGAAGAUGGCUCGAGUUGUUUGUCUGCGUCACUGUUUGGCGGCAUCCGUGCUGUUGGUUUGUCUGAUCAAUUUUCUGCUACUAUUGAAGAACCAAACGGAGGAAGACCUGUGGUCCUAUAUCUUGAUGCAUCCACCAUCCGAUAAUGAUGAGACAAAGACGAGCAAGACGAAGAAGAAGCCUAAAGGAAUUCAGUUUAGUCGUCAUCAGCAUGCCAAAAGCAGUCCUCUCACUGAACGAGCCAAUUGGAAACAGGACUUUCAGCAAAGAAUACGACGGCUUGAUCAGACCAAGCAGCAGCAGCAGCAGCCAAGCAACAACCAAAAGGAACAUUCCAAGCGCAAGCACAAAGACUUGGCACAGCCGCUCAAAAAGGGACUCGAAAACGAGGAAGACAAAUCACAACAACGGGCAGGUCAUCAUCAUCCUCAAGGCAGCCUGCAAGAACAAAGGGCACUGGUCCAGCCGCUCAAAAAUGGACUGUCACUCAAACUAUACGAGGAUUUCUACAAGACACACCCAAAGCCCACGACCACCAUGGUGGAACAGCCUCUCCCACAAAAGGCCCAUCAAAAACUCAACUUUACCGAAGAUCCCAUGGCGGUACUACAGUAUGCUCCCUCGCGGAUACCAGGGUAUAUUAAUGUCUACGGCAACGACACAUUGUCAUUGUAUGGACAUGUCAUGAGAGAGCUAACGCAACGAAUCUGUGCCAGGCAGAUUGCACAGUCCAAUAUUCUGGUCGUCUCACCCGAAGCACCCUCGGUAGUGGAACUCUUGCAACAACAACAAACGUCGAUUGAUGAGGACGAUGUAGGCAAACUGAGACGGACGAUACAGCAUGCCGUGGGAGGAUCCACCUUGAUAGAUGUACACAAGCAGGGUCAUACCUACUAUGGAUUCAACACGACAACGACUGUGAUUGAUGAUUGGUGGACCAGCUUGGAGGAGGGCAGCAAUAGUAAUAAGCCCAGUUGGUUUCUAUUGGCCAUGUUUGAUCAUGGGCCACAGAAUGAUCAAGUCAUCAGUCACUCCUUGAAGCUGCUGAAAGAAGCAACAGUGACAUACAUUGUGCUGGGGUUUGGUGCCUAUCCCCAAAACUCCAAAAAGAGCUAUGGUCAACAAGCGAUUCAACAUUUGAUUGACUUGAAGUACAAGGUGCAGACGCUUUCUGCGUCCCAUCUGCCCUUGACCGAGGGUUUGUCAUCGCUGCUCAAGCCCAAUGCCGACAUUACACAGAGGAGACUGCCCUUGCUGUUUAAAGGAAUAGAGCAUUUGGCCAAUUUUACCACGACGCCAGUUUUGGGGUAUGUGUUUGCAACACAGGGAUUGGAUUUGGCCAUUCCAACCGCCACACUUUAUGAACCCACCGUUACAAGACACAUGGUCUCGUACAAACAGUGCCCAGCGUCGUCUCUCCGCGUUGAAUUUGCACCAGUCAGCAAAGAACCGCAGCACAAACAAGAGGAAGAACACCAUGGACCACAAGGUUUCUUAUACGAUAAAGCAAACAAGCAAUCCACUGACAUUGACCAUCCCCUGCGGAUAUCCUGUCAGAAACAGCCCAUGGAUCCCUCCACUCCAACCGCCUUUCAACACUUGUGGUAUUCGGGAGAAACCAUUGAAACCUCAGAAGCCGCUUGUAUCCGAGCCAACUGCGUCUCCAAUGAUCAGGCAAGCUGCACGACACGGAUAUUGCCCAAAGAAACCAAGCGUGUGACGGCGGAUGCACGGAAACGACGGCUGAAUGAUGACUCUACGUCCAACAAGAAAAGACCGAAUCUCCUCCUCCUGAUGAUUGACCCAAUCAGCCGUGCUAGAUUUGAACGAUCCAUGGUCAAGACUAGCACGUUACUCCAACUCCUGGAGUUUACUUCGUUUUCUCAAUACACGGCCGUGGGGAAUAACAGUGGACCGAAUCAGGCGGCUCUUUACUCCGGUAUUCCACUGUCUUCCCGUGAUUCAAUCUCUACUCAUGGCAGCAAAACGAAAAAGAGCCAGUGGUUAUGGGAUGCUCUUCGAGAGCAUGGCUAUGCGACGUUCAAGGCCGAAGACGGCUGCAUAGAAAACAGUAACAUGAUCCAAUCAAUCGCUCCUCAGGUGGAUCACGGGGAUUCCUUGCACCAAUUGAUAUGCUUUGACUUUCAAAGGCCCAAUUGUGUCGGGGGCAAGCCAAACGCACAGCAUUUGAUUGACUACGGGACACAGUUCAUUCAAACCUACGAAAGCAGAAACCAAUCCUGGGCUGCCUUGCUACACUUUAUCGACUCCCAUGAAGACACGCAAACAUUAGAAGGCACCUUGGACAAUCCCAUUUGGCAUUUCCUCUUUUCAAUCUAUGAAGCACGUGAGAAGUGCGCAAUGACUCUCAACAAGGACAUUCCCUGCACGGUAUGGGACAAUACGUUGCUAGUGCUGCUCAGCGACCACGGACUGCACUACGGUGGCUAUCUGUUGAGUCCAAAGGGCUUGAAGGAACGGUCGCAGCCCAUGCUGCACAUGCAUCUACCCGAGAGUCUUGCGUCUUCGUCAGUUGCAUUGAACUCCAAUAAAGACUUGAUCGCGACUCCCUUUGAUGUUCAUGAAACAAUCGUUCAUGCGUUGAUACCAGAAGCAAUGCGGGACGCGACUGGGUCUAGUCUCCUCCAGCCCCUGCCGGAAACUCGAAAAGUCUGUUCUACCACAGAUGGUGUUCCGACGUAUGUUUGCGACUUGCUGUCACGACAAGACGAGAAAGAGAACAUCAUGAUGCCCCCACCUCCAUCGGUCAUGAGCUUUUAUGCAGACAUGCCCCGCGUCAACAAGAGAGCAACCCCUCUUUGCGAGGCCACAGCAUCCAAUGGUACACUAUUCACAAACCAUCUUGUCGAUUGCGUCUGCGCUACGAACAUUCGCCCCUGGUAUAAUUGUACGGAACAUCCGUGGUCAACACCAUCCGAGCUGACUCGGUCGGAAACAUUUUCGCUUGUCGACUGCUUGAAUGACCAAUCCUUUGAAGUACAAGUGCAACGAGAUCCCAAAGUGUUGCGUCGACCAGAAGUUGUCAAAGCCACAUCAAAACAAGAGCAAAAGCCCAACAUUUUGUUCUUAGAAGUCGACAGCGUGUCCACAAAAUAUGCCGAUAGACACUUUCCGCAUACUCGAGAGGUGCUGAACAGCAUGCGACUCCAGCCCAGCAACUCGGAUCCAAGUGGCUUUACAUGCCACGGCAACGAAACACUGUGCUCAGCCGACUUUAAAGCAUUCUCCGUGGUAGGAGCAAGCUCGAUCCCCAAUCAAAUCAGUGCCUUUGGCGGCUGCUUCGUAACUGUUGGACCGGAGCAAUGUACCCAACUUGUGACCGAUCAAAACCGAACCAUUUGCAUCAACUCAACACACCUCGUACACAACAUGGAGCUGGUGAGCCGCCACAAGAACUCUGCAACGUUUUGCCGCGUGGACCCUAAGAGGAGAAGUCCGUGGAUUUUUGAUAUUGCCAAGCAAGCUGGCUAUGUGACCCUGUUUGCCGAGGAAUUUUGCUGGCAUGGGUCUCGAUAUGUGCCCCAAGAAAACGUUUUCCCGUUGCAUGCGGACAUCUCGCCAUCUGAAUUCUUCUGCCGAGUCACUGAAAGGAGGGCCGUCCGAGAAGGGUUCAAAAUCACUGGUCCACUUUGGCGGCACGAGUACAGCCCCAGAACUGGCAAGCCAAAUUGCGUUGACAGCAUUGGAGGACAUGAAAGGGGGCGUGUCGCUUUGGAUCACAUUGAGACGAUGUGGAAUUCAUACUACGACACUCCCAAGUUUGCCUAUUUAAACGCGAUCUCUGCUCACCUUUACGACGAAUUCAGUGCAAUGGCCAAUCUUGCUGAAGCCUACGAUUUGAUUCUGUCCUCCUUUUUGAAGCGUUUUCUAGCGCGGAAGGAUAUGACAAACACCAUAAUUGUCGUCAGGGCCGACCACGGUCUUCAGGCCGGCCCACAGACGUCUGACUACAGCAUUCAAAUCGAAGCCUUUCGUCCUUGGACAGAGAUCAUUGUACCCAAACACAUGGCUGGACUCUCGCUCCAGAAACUGUUGGAUAACCAAGAAAAGCUGGCAACAAGCUUCGACCUCUACAAAACGUUGACAAGCAGCAUAGUUGGCGAAGAGAGUUCUCUGAUGCCGGAUCCUUCUCCCUGGGAGUAUCAUUUAUGGCAACAAUCCAUUGAAACGACACGAACGUGUGCCCAUGCCCGUGUACCACGAGCUUACUGUAUCUUUGAAUCGCAGCGUACGAUCGCCUCUCCCAAUAUAAAAACAUGCAACAUGGCCGAAGAUGGCCAGACCAUCAUGUGCCCUCUUUACACGGACACAUUCAGGAAGAACAUGACUACUGAAGUUGGGAAUUCUUUUUAUUCACACCAGGUGAGAACGAAAGCUUGUCCUCGUCAAGGUGCACCGAAAGCAAUCAACGGCAUUGGAGAUGGUUGGAAACUGACCGACCAGGACCAGGUCGAUGCGAGUCUUGUCAAACAACGGGAGCCGUUCCAUGUAUCAGCUCUUACGUCCAUCCUAUCUGUGCUGGGGGAAGCCCUCCGCAAGGCAGAAGACCGUCCAGUCAAAGUGUGUCAGACUGGUUUUGGCACAGGGUAUAUGUCAGCAAAGUUCCUGAAUGCUUCCACCAACGUAGUCCUGCAUGUGUUCGAUGGAUUUGACCAGAAGCCCCAGAGCUUAGCAAUGCUAGCGAAAAAGUAUGGAAAGAGCCGAAUUAUACAUCAUGAGGGAGAUCCAUCUGCGACCGUUCCAGAAUUGCUAUCACCGAUUGCCUCCAAUGAGGCUCUGCAGGGGAAACUUGGCCUUCAGUGUGACUUUCUGUACGGUGCGAGUAAAGCAGGUGCCAGUGACAUCAUCGAUCUUGUCAAAAACGCCCCAUGUGGGGUUUUGCUGGGCGGCAGAGCAGUAAAGAACGUUGACAAGAGCAACGUGUACUUUGGUCCCGCGGGCCAAUGGAUGACCCUUCGCGUCGAGGGCUGCAUCAAGCCAAUUCGUUGCUUUUCAAGUCUCACCCCUGUGGAAGCAAAAUUGACGAAGAAAAUUGGGAUGCAACACGGCAAGGAGUUUUGCAUUGCCGUUACCACUGGAGCAUGCAGUAGCAACGCUGAUUAUGCUGGUAGUGAACUUCUGCGAUCAACGUGCCGGGCCGAGAUAGCCCGGUUGACCAAACAUGUGGGAAUCAACCGCCUUUGUCCUGCGCGACAGCGUGAUAUAAGGGGAGACUCUUUCUAGAUAGGGACUGCAUUGCCCGCAAUGUUUCAUUUGGGGAUCUAUCUGAGAGCUUACUCUAUCCAAACUUUCCAAUCAUCCAUACGGUACCGGUACACUUAGAAGAAGAAAUCCUCGGUAUCACAGGCUUUCACUGCAGCUUUCAAGUUGGUUUUGAAUCUGGAUCCUUUCUUGUACUUUGGACUGGCUUUCAGAGUUUGCAAGAGAAAGAUGGAAAUGCUGGGUCCCAGGCCACCAUCGUCAUUGUCAUCGUUCAGUUCGCCCAUUGAUUCAUUCCCACCAAUCAUGUCAUUGGCAUCAUCAUCGUCAGCAUCAAAGCCACCACGGUUCCCUUUCUUUUUCUUGACUUCGUUCUCCAAGAACAUCCUAACGUCCGAUGGAUUGUCAAAGUGCUCCAAAAGCUUGGAGAAGAAAAUGGUCAAAAAGAUGACGGAAGCUUCCGAAAGCUCAUCAGGCGAUGACAUGUCCAAGGCUUUCAAGACACCCAGUUUGAGUGAUGGUUGGAUCACCACAAGAUGAAAGGCUAGUUUGGCCAAAUUGGCAGCUUUGCGAGCAGAGACAGAAUCUCCAUCAUCAAACUGUUUAAACACGUCCCAAUAUGCCAAUUGCAUGGAGAAUUUGCACUGCGGUUGAUACUCGCACAUGCGUGCGCCCAAGUGAGCGUAAAAGGGAUUGUAGGUUUUUUCAUUUCCACAGCAUUCCAUCAAGACCCGCACAGCAUCUCGUUCUUUGCGAUUCUUCAUGUGCCCGGCACGAGAAAGCUUUUCAAAGGCAUCCUCGCAAUCGGCACUUUUCAUAAUGAUGCAAAAGAUGGCUCGUUUGGCGUCGGUGUUCAUCCGCGCUUUGGCUGCGAGCUUGAGGAGUUUGGCAUCUUCCUUGUUGUUGUUGGUAUCAUCGUUAGAACUACUACUACUUUGUUCCUUUGAGCUUCUGCUGGUGUCUGCAGCGCCGCCUUCCUCAAAGCGAUACUGAUUGCCCACCCACGAAGCUCCUACCUUCCACCAGCGCCCCUUGGUGCUGACAUUCAAAAUGUCGUCGAGACCGAUGCGUAGCGAGUCUGCAGAUCUGCUCCCCGACGAUGAUUUGAUUUGUCCCAGCAACUUGCGAAGCUUGGAUACCUUUUCCGCAUGAGCCACAUCCGCCUUUCGCUUUUUAUUGUUUUUGAGAUCCAUCAUGGCCGAAAUCAUGUAUUCGACUCGAGACGAGAGGGCGCCACUAUCCUUGUUGGUGCCCUUUUGGAGUGCUCGCUUUUGGACAGUCAGAACAAUCUCUUUGAGCGCCGUGGGGUCAUCGGAGCGUAACGAACGACCACAGUGACUCAAUAUCAGCAACAGCAAUUCCACUUCAAUUUCUCGAAAGCUCUCGAUAAAGCUUCGAAUCACCGAAUAGAGAAAGGAGCAGUGUACAAUGCCGUAGUUGUAGAGAUAGCACAAGACCAAAAUGAGAUUGGAGGCAUCCUUUUGAAUGGUAUCAUCAUUUAGCUUUUCAGCUGAGUUGUUGCUGUUUUGAAUCUCGUUCCACAAGUCCGUGACGGUGUGUUCCAGCAAGUACUCGCCCACUUGCGCCUUGUCUCCCAUUUGGACAUGGACGCCGGAUAAGCAGGCCACAUAGACGGGUAUGAGACCCGUCAUGAGAUGUGGUCGUUCAAUGCAGGCAAUGCGAAGAUUCUUCCAAAUGCAUUCAUUGACAAUUGCGGUAGGAUACGAUGGAUACAAGGAUGCGGCAAUGGCCUGUGCUACGGAAAUCAAGGUAUUUUCCGAGAGACGGUUGAGUGAAUUGUUGAGCAGUCUUUGUACUUCCCUUUGUCUGACUUGAUCUGCUUGGUCGUGUUGGGAGGCGUCUUGUUGUUUCUUUCGGAGAUGAGGUGGAACGUACUUUUUGGGUGCGGGACCCUGAUCCUUCUGGUGGAGAGGAUUCCCAUAAAUGUCUUCUCCCUGAGAAGGCCUGUAAGUGUCUUGAAUGUGGUGGUCUGGCUGUUCAUCACCAUCACUGCUGCCAUCUGAAUCAUCAUCUGAUGACUGCUGCCUGUUUUCAGGCGCGUUCUGCUCGUCAUCUUCAUCUUCUUCAUCUUCAGUGGAAACUGAUUCGCGGCUUUCAUGGUUUUGCUGAAGCAUUUCCUCUUCCUCUUCAGAGUCCAUGCAAGCAUCCUUCAUGGGAACAAUCUCAUCAUCCUCAUCCUCAUCCUCAUCCUCACUGUCCAUCAAAGUGUAUUGGAAGUCCACGUUGCCUUCUCCUUCUUCUUCUUCCAACAAGAGUCCAUAUUUCUGCUGGUAGCUUUCAUAGUCUUCUUCUUCUUGUUUGUCAUUUACCCGCGCCACAAGUGUGUCGACCGAGUCCAAGAAAUCUCCAAAAUCAUCUCCAUAGCCAUUCAAUUUGGCAUAUUCCUUGUGCAGUCGCUUCUUUUCUUUACUGCUCGUCAGACCCAUUUUCGCCUCCAAGGCAGCAAUUUCUUCGUCAUCUUUUCGCAGGGCGGCAGCCGUGGCAGAAUCCAAAUGGGAGUACGGAUCAUCAUCCUGGUUUGCCCGUUUCUUUUUGGGGGCGGAUUGGUCAGCCUGAAGCGCCUUCUUUUUGCGUUUCCGCUUACUUUCUUUCCGACUUGAUGAUGAUGAAGAUGGCUUCAUGGUCUCUUUGCCGAUUGACUAGCUAGCUAGAAUAAAGAAAUGUGUUGGUCGAGGUUGAUCCGCAACAAAACAAAUCUCCAACUCUGGUCCUCUCGCAAAGACUAGCUAGCUAGACUGCGGUGUCGGAUGUGGUGGGAAAGAUGAGGAGGUGGAGCGAAAAAAUGACUGGAGGAGAAAGAAGCCAAUGAAGCCAUUAAAGCUGAACCUAUCCAUCGUUUACACCCCGGCGGGUCAACAUAGCUGCCCCGCUACAUGUACAGUACCUACAAAAUACCGGUACUGGUGGGCGGCAAGAUCGUGAAAAGCCGAUGAGAGUGCCAUCCCGGGCUGAACCUGCGAAGCGACUGUCAGUGCCAUGGUAGUACGAUUGGGUCACUGAUCAUGAUGGCGCUUGUCGGUUGACCUUGAAUGAGUGGCGCAUCGCCACUGGCUUCAAUCGAAACAUCACAUCCUUCCGACAGGUUCUGCACAGUUUGACUUCUAGUCCUGGAGAUGCCGAGAAAAUGGUACAAUGCACCUGGGUUGCUUUCGGCCUUAUACGAACAAGCUUGCAAUGCGGGACAGACCAGAAUAAAGCGAGUAUGAUCCCAGAGUUGGAAUUUGUUGACAACAAACUUUUCAAGGGACUCAGAAUUGAUGGAAAUCUCCGGUCCAUGCCCAUUCCAAACUCCUGCGAGCAUUUCUCCGAAUAGUUCUUCUCCCACUUUGUCAUGGCAAGGGGUACUUUCCAAACAGAGACUAGUGAGGCCGACCCAACCUUGAAUCAGCUUGGACAAGAUAUGUUUGUGGAUGUCGAAUGGAGGAAGACUGGUGGCUUCUCUCUUUGGUUGGAUGUCAAAGGACAUCUUAACGUGUUUGACUGAUUCGUGGCGGAGCAGCACUGGAUUGAAUCCAGAAUGCUCUUCCAAACCCUUGCAAUGGUCAUUCAUAACCUUUAGAUCUUCCAAAGAGAUACGUAUGGAUAGAGUUUCGAGAUUGGGACACUGCUCCGCAAGAUUGCUUUCGAAGUCACACUGCAGACUUGGUGUCGACUUCGAUUUGGGACCAUGAACGAGAUUUGAGACGGUGAACGAGUGAGGUGGUGAGAUGAUACUCAAGCGAAAACCACAACUUACCGCAUACGUUAACUGGGUAGUAUUGCAUUCCAAGAGCGUUUGUUUGAUAAGGUUGAACUUGAAUUCGUCAAUGUUGUUUUUUGUGCACUGAAUACCCCAAAGUUUCACUUUGUGAUUGCAAAGCCACAUGACAGCAGGGAUUUCCCUUUCCACAAGAUCAUCAAAGUCCACGAGAACACGAAAGCAAAAGUGGGCCACUAGUCGAUCCAUUAGUUUCUUCCAGUCAGGACUGACCAAAGCCAUGCUGUUGCAAAAUUUUGCCAGCGCCAUAGGACUUGUUGUUUCGAUUCUUGUUCCACCAACAGUAAUUUCCUCUUGCGGCCCAACAAAUUCCAUCACCUGGAACAUGCAGAUAUCUGGUAGGAAGGAGGCCGGGUUGGCUGGGUUAGACUUGGAGGGAACAGAGGCCGCCAUUGUGCUAUCGUUGGGAUAAUAUAUCGUAGGGACUGAUGUUUUUAUGCAGUCGUCGAGGAAAAGAAAAUCUUUGUUUCGGCUGUGGCGAGGAGAGUAGUCGAGUCGGAAUUCCUCGAUUCUAGUUCCACAGUUAGUUGUCGAACCCCGCAAUGAAAACAAACCACGCGGGAGCCAACGGAUGAUUUGUUUCGCUGAGUUGACUUGGUACCACGAGUAGAUAGCUAGUACUGUAGUAUGACGGCAUUUGUAGUGCCGGUCAACUAAAGCAAUACAGUUGAUGGGAUUUUGGACUGCAACAAUGCUCCACAGGAGUAUGCUUGUACCGUUCUGGCUAUGAUAGUAGUACAUUGUAGCCUUGUGAAGAUUGGUGACCGUCACUCUAAUUUUCCUUGGUUAUCCGUAUUUUGUAACGGCUUGCUUGGAUUCUCUUGUCGCCCGGCUCGAAUUUUUAAAUUCGUUGUUUCAAGGUUAGGUUUACGGUGUAGUUUCAAUCCUGGGACCAAUCUGAAUAACGAGAAUUCGAGUGAGUGACAGCUAUGACAUACUACCGGUACAGUGUAAACUAUCCGGGGUAAUAGCUUAAGCCUGGCCCCGGCUGGCUUCCGUAGAUAAUUUCCCUACUCUAAUCCCCCCUAUCCGGGGUAAUAGUGGUUGGGCGGGCCAACAUAGCUGUACCGGUACCGGUACCGGUACCGGUACCGGUGCACUCUCCUACAUUUCAUAACGAAUGUACUAUUAAUAGUACCGGUGCAUGUACCGGUACAUGGUACCGUGCCGGUGGGUGGAAAGAUCGACGCGAAGGCAUUCAAAUCAUGCAAUGAGUGCCAUACGGUACCGUCACCGCGAGUGGAGGGUCCAGACGCACCGGUAGAGUCUCAGUCAAGCCAGUCUAGAAGUAAAAAGUCACAAGAGAUCUCCAUGUACCGGUGCCUAGUAGCUAGGUUUGCUCACUCAACAUUUGGGGCAAAUGCAUGCCCUCCACUACCGUACAAGACUUCAAGUGUAGCUCGCUGGCCAAUUAGCGAGCUCUAGUAGUAGAGAUCUGCAGAGAUGCGUUGUGAGCGAAACUGGAGCAGCCGCAUAUACGCAGUGAAAUAAUUGAAUCUGGAGUGCAAUAAAUCUCCUUUAUGUGCUACUGGUACUAAGCUAGUACUCUGGUAGUAAUUGACUGCUCGGUUGCUGCUCGGGUGUGACAGUCUCGGUUCGGUACUAGCUUGUACGUACUAGUACCGUACCAAAGUCUGGUGAGCCAUCUCGGCAUGCCGUACGUACCACCGGCACGCUGGACCGUCCGACGAUUUCACUCAGGCUUUAAACCUUGACACGACUGACUCCAGUACAAUUAAGGGCUUGUUUUUAUGGGAUUGUUUAAGGGCUUGUUGAAGAUUGAAGGGUUUGUUUAAGGGCUUGUUUAUUUAAAGGCUUGUUUGUUCCUGAUAAGCGUUUGUUCUAUGGUGUUUACAUGAAGGCUUAAGGGCUUGUUUUGUGAACUUAAGGGCUGGUUGUUAAGGGUUUAUUAUUAAAUGGUUUGUUUAAGGGCUUGUUGAAGAUAUAUGGGCUUGAAACAGUCGUGUAAAUUUGAAGUUUUUAAAAAUCCUGAGUGAAAAACGUCGGACGGUCCUGGUCAUGGCCUCGCCUGGCACGGUAGCUAGCUACCAGCGCCUCGAGGUAAAGGCCUCAAUUGGUUCUUUAUUUGUGUAAAAUUCUAUUUUUGAAACUUUCCAUUUCAAAGGGUUAAGUCAUAUCAGACAAUCAUAAGACAAAUGGCCUAAUCGUCU